GUUUCUAAAUUUAUCAUCCUCCAAAUUCCCACUCAGCGCCCAGGGUGUUAUCUUUCUCGGCAUUCAAUCCGUCGCGGACGUCUUCGUCCCUUCGUCUUCAUCCCUUCUCCCUCCCUUUUUUUUUUUCCCUAUCUCCCUAUCUCCCACCGCCCCGGCUGUCCUCUUCCUCCUGUCUCUCCGCGCGAGUGUGUGGUUUCUGUCGAACUUCCGGAUUCCUCCCCUCAUGGGCGAACCUGUCAGCUGGCUGCACGACCUCCCACCUUUGGCUCGUCGGCUGCGAAUAGAACAAUACCGAGUAGUCUCGCCAAGAUCGUCCGCAAACCCGCCCGCAUUGGUCCGCCUGGUUAUCUCUGCCUUGCUCGAUGUUGUCGGUGGGCACGCGGCAGCGAACCAACUCGUCAGCCUAAUCGCCGUUCCCUCCUGCGCCCCGUGACACCGUCUUCUCAGCUGCCCCGGAGACAUCACAAAACGUACACACAUUCACUAUACAUACGUACACACACGCUCACCCAUGCCUCCUCAUUUUGUGUGUUUCGUAUAUACGUGAGCCGCAGUCGCACCCGGGACGCAUAGCAUGAAUACCGGCAUAUGUCCGCCGGCCGUUGUGCCUAACGAUGCCGACACCAUUGCCAAGAGGGCCCAUUACAGCCCCCCGUGGGCCGACUUGAGCAUCAUCGGCAUUGCAGGGAGCUCGGGUUCCGGCAAGUCCACGUUGUCUCAUGCCAUCGUCAGCGAACUAAACCUGCCGUGGGUUGUCAUCUUGUCCAUGGACUCCUACUAUAAGCCAGUGGAUGCCGAGUCCUCAAAGAAAGCCUUUCUGAACGAAUAUGAUUUCGACGCCCCCGAGGCGAUAGAUUUUAAUGCGCUGGUAGAAACUCUCCAGGACCUCAAAGCUGGCAAGCGUGCCGAGAUACCCAGGUACUCCUUUGAAAAGCACCAACGCACCGGAGAGACGACGUCCAUAUAUUCCCCUCACGUCCUCAUCCUCGAGGGAAUCUUCGCCCUCUAUGAUCAGAGGAUCAUGGAUUUGAUGGAUAUGAAGAUCUAUUGCGAGGCUGAUGCGGACACGUGCCUCUCCAGACGAAUCUUACGAGAUGUCAGGGAUCGGGGCCGUACCGUGGAAGGCUGCAUCAAGCAGUGGUUCGCCUUCGUAAAACCGAAUUACGAGAAGUAUGUGGUGCCGCAGAGAGCCCAAGCUGAUAUAAUCGUACCACGGGGCAUCGAGAAUCGAGUUGCCAUGGCUAUGGUCACCCAGUACAUUGAGAGAAAAUUGCUGGAGAAGUCGACGCGCCAUCGCGCAGCCCUCAGAAGUCUCGAGGCCGGCUUUGAUAGCGAAUCCCUUUCCGAUCGAGUCAUCGUUCUCAAGGAAACCCCGCAGCUCAAGGGCAUGAACACCAUAAUCCAGGACAUCGACACCUCGAGCGAGGACUUCAUAUUCUAUUUCGACCGAUUCUCCUGUCUGCUGAUUGAAGAGGCCUUGAACAACGCCCACUUCAGAGAAUGGACGGUCGAAACUCCCUCCGGCAGGCCCUAUCACGGGCUUACCCCUAAAGGCGAAGUUAGCGCCGUGCUUGUUCUUCGAGGGGGCGCCGUCUUCGAGGCCGGUUUGAGAAGAGUGAUCCCGGAUGGUCGCACAGGCCGCCUUCUGAUCCAAUCUAACGUCCGAACCGGGGAGCCCGAACUCCAUUACCUGAAGCUCCCCAAGGAUAUUAACACCCAUGACAGCGUUUUGCUCCUGGACGCGCAGAUGUCUAGCGGAGGCUCUGCUCUGAUGGCUGUCCAAGUCCUCGUAGACCACGGAGUACCGCAGGAUCGCAUCGUCUUUGCGACCUACUCGGCUGGGUACGUAGGUGUCUAUCGCCUGACCAAAGUAUUUCCGGAGAUCACGGUUGUCAUCGGCAACAUGAUUUCCGAAUUCGAAGACAGGUGGGUUGAGAAGAGAUACUUCCGAUGCUAAGGCAGAUGGUAUACGUAUACACGAUAUGCCGAGACACGCAGAGGGGUAUCCCUCUACCCGGCAUGCGCAUCACUUGGUCGGCUACCGCGAUACCGCGGGCAAUAAGCCUAUGGUAAAGAGCGGUCACCCUAUAGAGGUAGUCUAUAGAAGCCGGACCCACCUAUCGAGUAGGGUAUAGACACAUUGUUUAGAUGCUAUACUGAUAGAUUUAUUAGAGGCUUUGUGGAUAGUACCGUUAUUGGAGAGUCUCCUCGCCAAUAAUACACUCAUACAUACAAU